CGGUAUCAGAAAGGUGCAAGCAACGGUGAAGAAAAGACUUUUUGUUUUUUUUUGUGAAUUCAAGUGAAUAUCUAGUGCACAAUGUAUGGGGUGUGUUUCGUGUUGGUUAUGAUCUUAAUUUCCGUGUACUACCAGUGGUCCAGGAGGAAAAUAGUGGAUGCUGUUGCAAACAUGGACGGGCCCCCCUCGCUGCCACUGAUUGGAAAUCUCUAUAUCCUGAUGAAGUACAAUACUGGAGAAAAGAUCUUCAACUACGUUUCGUCAAUCGGAAGAAGCUACAGAUAUCCAAUAAGUAUCCACAUAGGCCCAUUGCUAUACGUGUUGUUGGACAAUCCAGACCACUUGAAAACAGUGCUGAACUCGAAACACUGCUUGGAUAAACUAGGCAUGUACGAGUUUUUCGACGUAAAUCGUGGACUCCUCGUUGCUAAAGGUCAUGUCUGGAAAGGGUUACGCAAAAACUUAAAUCAUUCGUUCGGGAAGGCCAUUGUGAGUGAUGUUGCCCGGACCUUCAAUACAAAAAGCACGAUUCUUGUUGAGAAUUUGGAAAAAUAUGUUGGCCAGGGUGAGCAUGAUCUCUCGCACGAUUUCGUCAAGUGUUUCCUGGACACUAUUUUGAACACAGCAUUUGGCGUGAAUUUGGACUUGCAAUGGACACCGUUAGGCGAUGAGCUCGUCAAAGUAGCUGAAAAAUAUCUUGAGCUUACCACUAAGCGAAUGUUUUACCCCCUUCAGUACUCUGAUCUAUUGUACCGUUUUACCAACGAUUGCAAAAUUCACCGUGAAAAUCUUACAUAUUUGCGUGACUUUUCGGAGAAGGUGUUAGACAUUAAGGCGCAAAGUGAUAAACCUUCUGCCCCAAGUGAUCAAAAGCAGACUGAAGAAGACAUCGCGAACGGCAGGAAACCGCUCAUAUUUUUGGACAGUUUGUUGGAUUUGGCCCGGAAAUCGGACAAUUUCACAAAGGAGGACAUCAUAGACAAUAUGAUCACGAUCAUCGAAGCUGGGAAUGACACAACGGCCACCACACUUAAAAUGGUAUUUUUGAUGCUGGCGAUCCACCCGGACAUCCAGGAACGAGUUCACGAAGAGAUCUUACGGGUUUGUCCCGAUACGGACCAGUUUGUAUCGAUGGAGGAUGCCAGUGCGUUGUCUUACAUAGAAACGGUGUGCAAAGAAGUUUGGAGACUUUAUCCCGUUGGACCUUUCGUUGGCCGUGUGGCGACGCUGGACAUCAAGUUGGAUGAUAAGCACACCAUUCCGGCCGACUCGCAAAUACUGAUAAAUUUCCACCAUUUGCAUCGCAACCCGUCCACUUGGGGUCCUGACGCGGACAAAUUCAACCCGGAUCGCUUCCUGCCGGAGAACUGCACCCAGCGCCAUCCGUACGCGUUUCUUCCGUUCAGUGCCGGACCCCGAAAUUGCAUCGGACUGCGCUACGCCUGGCUUUCGUUGAAGAUCAUUAUGGUGCACGUGCUGCGGAGGUACCGGCUAAGGACAACGCUCACAAUGGAUCAGAUCAAAAUACGAUUUUCCGUCGUUACGAGGAUCCUCAAUGGGUGCCCAAUUUCCCUGGAGGAACGAUAGCGGUAUCUUUAGGCUCGAACCUUUAAUAACUAUUAAAAUGUCUGGAUAAUACAAAAAAUCAACAGCACAAAAAGUCUAUCUGCUAGCCUCAAUAGCUCGAACGAGCACUACACUAGUGAAAGCCAAUUUAUGUCUCCUGUUUGCGCACAGAAAAGCACUUGAUAGUCAUUUGAGCCAG